AUGCCAGAAUUGGAAGAGGUUGGACAUAAACGUCAGAGUCUUUUCCCACCAUCGACUCCAGAUGAUGAUGUUAGAGCUGUUGCUGCAUCUAUUUUGGUCCCUAUAGCCGAUUAUUUUGUUACUAAUUCUUCAAAUAAAAUACCGGAACUUGUAAAUGUAUUAUGGGAUUGUUUAAAAGAUCUGAAAGAUGACUUGACUGCAUCAACAGCAAGUGUAAUGGAUUUAUUAGCAUCUACUUCAAAUAUAAAUCACUCUUUAUCAACCUUAAUUCCACGACUGUAUCCAUUCUUUCGUCACACAAUUACUUCAGUGCGUUCUGCAGUUCUAAAUACUCUUUUGACAUUUUUGAGUAUGGAUGAGGCAGAAGAAUGGGUUGAUAAUCGUGUCAUGAGACUUGUAUUCCAAAAUAUGAUAGUCGAAGAAAAAAAGGAUAUUCUUGAUUUAUCGCUUGAAGUUUGGUCGAAAAUAUUAUCUCAUACAACAAAAUCAAGUCAAGAAAACAAAAUAAUUCAACUAACCUCUCAACAUAUAGCAACAUGGUUUGGAAUUGUUAUGACACCAUUCCGUGGUCAAAAUCGAUCCCAAAACACUAAUGGUAAUAAUUCAGAUUCGAUCGGAUAUAAUAUUGACGCUGGAAUGUUACAACAAGAUUUUGCUCUUGUUAGUGUAGAUACUGUGCUAAGAGGCAGAGUUAUUGCAUCUAAAGAUAAAAUUGUAUCACGUCUCUCAUCCUCGUGUGCUUCAAAUAAACAACUAUCUGCUAUCGUAGUCGAAGAAUGGGCAAGAUCAUUAAUAGAAAAUCACGGAAACAAUACCCUCGAUCUAGUCAACACAUCACCAUUUGCAUCCAACAUAUCCACUUUUAUGAUAUCCAUACUUGAGUCUGACGCUCCAACUUUCUAUUCCGAACUUACUACAAUUUUACGUAGAAUACGCGGCGAAUGUCAAGCAUUGCUUAAUACAUUUGUUACAGUUGGAAAAGUCAAUUCUUCAAAUAUACCCGCUUUACCUACCUGUGUUCUUGGUGAAAUAGUAGUAGCCUCCCAACCAGAAAAUUCAACUCCUUUAUUUAAUAUUCAAAUGGCUACAGAAAUUGCCACUACUACUUAUGAUAAUUUGUCACUUCAAAUACUCGACAGGAAUCAUAGAUCUCCUCAGGCCCAACAACAACAGGAAGAAUGUCAAACUCAACUGCAAGAUCGGCAUAGACGUGUUUUGAAUUCCAUAAGUUCCUACGAGUCUACAAAACUAAAAAAUGAUACAAUUGUUUAUGCAGCAAUUGCUAGUGCUGUCGUGGCUUUACAAGCCCUACCACCUAAACUAAAUCCUAUUAUCAGAUCAAUUAUGAAUUCAAUAAAAAAGGAAGAAAACAUCGAACUACAACAAAGAUCAGCAGCUACAUUGGCUAAUCUUGUCUUCCUUUGUUCAUCGAAUCAAAGUGGUACUAGAAUUAAUCCAAACGAUAAGAUUGUAAAGAACCUUUGUACAUUCCUUUGUUCCGACACUACUGUAACACCCGAAUUUCAACAAAAUAAUAAUAAAAGGGAAGGCAUACUUUCUUUGCAAAAAGCAAAAGAGUCUGAUAAAAACACCACAUCAUCAACGUCGUCAUCUAAUGGAGAUUUUAAUUUAACUGAUGAUGAUAAAAUUAAAUCGCAGAAAUUGAUAAGACGUGGCGCUGAAACUGCAUUGAAAGAAUUUGCUUCACAGUUUGGGUCAAAGUUAUUUGAAAUAGUACCAAAAUUAUGGCAUUGCAUGCAUAAUAGUUUAAAUAGCAUGAUGAUGAAACAAUUUGAUGCAAUGAUUUCACAAAAUGUUGGAAAAGAUAUAAUCGAUUCUCUUCAAUUAAUUCAAUCAUUAGUCCCAGCAAUUAAUGAAUCGUUACAUAAUAAGAUAACGGAAUUACUUCCUUUUAUUAUUAAAACUGCCAAAUGUCAAUAUCAAGUAAUACGUUCAAUGGCAGCGAGAUGUUUUGCUUCAAUUGCAAAUGUAAUUACAAUGCCAUGUAUGAAGUUAAUAAUUGAUCAAGUAAUGCCUUUAUUAGGAGAUUCUAAAAAUUUGAUUCAUAGACAAGGAGCCGUUGAACUUGUUUAUCAUGUUGUUCAAACUAUGGAUGCAAAAAUACUUCCUUAUGUUAUUUUUUUGAUUGUUCCAAUAUUGGGUAGAAUGAGUGACGCUGAUGAAAAUAUUCGUCUUGUGAGUACCAAUACUUUUGCAAUGUUGAUCAAAUUAGUACCAUUAGAAGCCGGUAUACCUGACCCCCCAGGAUUAUCUAAAGAAUUUUUACAAUAUCGUGAGCAUGAACGUAAAUUUCUUGGACAGCUUCUUGAUAGCAGUAAAUUGGAUCCUUAUGAAAUUCCGGUAAAAAUAAAAGCAGAAUUAAGGAAAUAUCAACAAGAAGGUGUCAAUUGGUUGGCUUUCCUAAACAGAUAUCAAUUACAUGGUAUAUUAUGUGAUGAUAUGGGAUUAGGAAAAACUUUACAAUCUAUUUGUAUAUUGGCUAGUGAUCACUAUGCCCGUCUUCAAAAACAUAACGCCACAGAAUCUUUAGAUUGUCCUUCAUUGGUAGUUUGUCCUCCAACAUUAACAGGUCAUUGGUAUCACGAGAUCAUAAAUUACACUGAUGAUUUGAAACCAUUAACUUACACUGGUAACCCUAAAGAUCGCGAAAGAUUAAGACCAAAAAUCUUUUGUCACGAUGUAGUGAUCAUGUCCUAUGAUAUUUUGCGUAAUGAUCUUGAUGAAUUAUCACAAAUAGAUUGGAAUUAUUGUAUUUUAGAUGAAGGACAUGUGAUCAAAAAUGGAAAGACAAAAAUAACUAAAGCAGUUAAAACCAUAAAAGCAAAUCAUCGAUUAAUUUUAUCUGGUACUCCAAUUCAGAAUAAUGUAUUAGAAUUAUGGUCACUUUUUGAUUUUUUGAUGCCAGGUUUUUUGGGAACUGAAAAACAAUUUAAUGAUAGAUUUGGUAAACCUAUUUUAUCAAGUAGAGAUAGCAAAAGCUCAUCGAAAGAGCAAGAAGCCGGUGCUCUUGCAUUAGAAGCUCUACACAAACAAGUAUUGCCAUUUUUAUUACGUCGUCUUAAAGAAGAUGUAUUGAAUGAUCUACCACCCAAGAUCAUUCAAGAUUAUUAUUGUGAACUCAGCGAUCUACAGAAACAACUUUACGAAGAAUUUGCUAAAUCACAAACAAAAGGUCCUACGGAUACGAACAUGGAAGAUGCUAAUGAAGAAGGCGGCGGUGUAAAGAAGACUACCCAUAUAUUUCAAGCUUUGCAAUACCUUCGUAAAUUGUGUAAUCAUCCUUUAUUGGUUAUGAAUGAAAAACAUCCUCAAUACAAUAAAGUUAUGGAUCGUUUGAAAAAUACUCGAUCAUCCUUACGUGAUUUAGAAAACGCGCCCAAGCUUCUUGCGUUAAAACAACUUUUGCUUGAUUGCGGUAUUGGAGUUAAUAAUGAUACCGAAGAGAAUACACUCGGAGCUGGUGCAGUUAGCCAACAUCGUGCAUUAAUAUUUUGUCAAUUGAAAACUAUGUUAGAUAUUAUUGAAAAUGAUCUUUUCAAACCGUUAAUGCCAUCAGUAACAUUCAUGCGGCUUGAUGGUUCCAUUGAUACUAACAAACGCCAUGCGAUCGUACAACAAUUCAACAAAGAUCCGUCAAUUGACGUAUUGUUGUUAACUACACACGUAGGUGGACUUGGUCUUAAUCUUACAGGUGCAGAUACUGAACAUUAG